ACAUAAAGAUAGGUUAAGUGUGUUUACCAGUACAGACAGCAAUCGAAAAAUUAAUAUUGUUUGUGUAUUUACUUGACAGGACAUUUGUCAAAGGUCAGACACUAUUUCAAACAAACAGCGCAUUUUGUUUACGAGUUGUAUGGGGCUUUGAUGCUGUAUAUAUUCAAUGACGCUAACCAUGAGAACAUUCGUGACACGUUUUUCCAGGGCAGUUACAAAAUUUCCCUUCCAACGUCGUGUCAACAAACUCCUAGAUGACCUGCUCGUGCCCUCCGUUCCAACUCCACAUGUUUGUGGUUUUUCCCACUGUUCACGAAACUAUACCAGCAAUUACAGCCCGAGACCACCAUGGAAUUAUGACAGACUGACAAACUGGGGCUACGGCAGUGAAAAUGGUCCAGAUACAUGGCGCCAACACUUCCCACAUGGAGAAGGGCACCAGCAAUCUCCGAUCAACAUAGUCACUGAUAAAGUUCACUAUGAUGCCAGUCUUGCUAGCAAUCCUCUGAAGUUUAAGUAUGACGUUUGUCAGGGUGCAGUGGUGGAGAAUACAGGGAGGUCCCUUAAAAUUAACAUCCAUCAAAAAUCAGAAUUGACCGGUGGUCCACUACAGGAUACAUUUCAUUUAGCACAAUUUCAUCUUCACUGGGGUUCCAGUAAUGACCAGGGUUCAGAACACACAAUUGACGGCAGACUUUACGCAGCGGAGUGGCAUUUUGUUCACUGGAACUUGAAGUAUGAAAAUUUCCUGGAGGCGGCCUAUCAUCCAGAUGGUCUGAGUGUGGUGACAUACAUGGUCAAUGUGGGUGCAGAGCAUCAAGAGUUUAAGAAGUUGACGGAUGUUUGCACAGAACUCGUAGAAGCUUACACAUCGGUACCACUAACACAGCCAUUUGAUUCCAUGAAGAUGUUGAAAAGUGAUGUAUCCCAAUACUGGACGUACCAGGGGUCACUGACCACGCCCCCUUUGUUAGAGAGUGUCACAUGGAUCAUAUUCAAAGAUCCGGUGCAGAUUUCUCAGGAUCAGAUGGAUGCUUUAAGGAAGCUUAAAUUUCCCGAGGGUCAAUGUAUGGCAGACAACUGCAGACCCCCCACGCCGAUCCACCAUAGGAGAGUCAGGGCUUCCUUCAGGUCGUAGAUCACCCCCGUAUCCAUGGAUUCUAGAUGCAACUUGCUGUCCAACACGUGCUUAUCUCAUAAUACUCAAUGCAUGGAAUAUCCCAGAUGCAGGAAUUUCAAAUUAUCCUCAGGAAAACGACUCACUGCUCGUUGGUUUUCCCCGUUUUGUUUAUUUUGUUAACCUUCCCAUGGCUGAAUUAGGACAGGUGUAUAUUGUGCUUGUUCUCUGAGAUGUGCGGUGAACCCGUACGCCACAGUGUUGAACAACGUAUUUAUUUAAGUGUGUGCAAUUAUGAAAAUCUUAUAUUAUGUUUGUGACCUAUACAAAUACUCACACUGUUUAGUUUUUAUAAUCUGUACAUUAGGGGAGUCAAUCGAAUUAUGUAAUAAAAGUAUGAAAGUAUGGGUUGUGAUUUUCAUUUUGAAAUUAUCAAAUUUAAUUUCACUAAUCUUUAAAUGAACAUUGAUGAAAGGUCAAGAAUUCA